AUGAACAGGCACUACGCCUAUCCCAAUGGCUACAGUGCCUAUCCGCGAAGCGGAGGCGGGACCUUCUCCAUAUCACCUCACAGGUUCCAGCCACGCUCGCAACCGGCACUGCGGCGGAGAAGGCAGCUUUUGUUCAAAUUAGUAUUCAUCGCAGCCAUUUCGUUAUUCAUUUUGUUUCUCAUCGUUCCCUCAUGGCGCGCCGUUCUUAUUCCAACUAUAUCGGUGGGGCUAUUUUCCUCCACACAUGACGACCUUUCAUUAGAGACUGUUCGCUAUUAUGACCUUUCCGAAACACAGGGCACGGCAAUGGGAUGGCACCGAGAGGAACGAGUUCUCAUGUGCACUCCGCUGCGCGACGCAGAACCUCACCUUCCUAUGUUCUUCUCACACCUACGAAACUUGACCUAUCCUCAUCAUUUGAUUGACUUGGCCUUUUUGGUUUCCGACUCAAAAGACAACACGCUCGAAUUACUCUCAAGCUUGCUCUCAGAACUGCAGAAAGACCCUGACCCUAAGAUGCCGUAUGGCGAGAUUUCCGUUAUUGAGAAAGAUUUCGGACAAAAAGUCAACCAGGACGUGGAAAGCCGGCAUGGCUUUGCCGCGCAAGCUGGCCGACGAAAACUCAUGGCUCAGGCCCGAAACUGGCUUUUGAGCGCCACGCUGCGACCGACGCAUAGCUGGGUUUAUUGGCGUGAUGCCGAUGUUCAAACGGCACCUUUUACGAUUUUGGAGGACUUAAUGCGACAUAACAAAGACGUAAUUGUACCAAACGUCUGGCGACCUCUUCCCGACUGGCUUGGUGGAGAACAACCGUACGAUUUGAACUCAUGGCAAGAGUCAGAGACAGCACUUUCCCUGGCAGACACACUAGACGAAGACGCCGUUAUUGUUGAAGGCUACGCGGAAUACGCCACUUGGCGACCGCAUUUAGCGUACCUUAGGGACCCGUAUGGUGAUCCGGACAUGGAAAUGGAAAUUGAUGGUGUUGGGGGAGUCAGUAUUUUAGCCAAGGCCAAGGUAUUCCGAUCUGGUGUCCAUUUCCCCGCUUUCAGCUUUGAAAAGCACGCAGAGACGGAAGGGUUCGGCAAGAUGGCGAGACGCAUGGAUUACUCGGUUGUGGGGCUUCCACACUACACGAUUUGGCAUCUGUACGAACCCAGUGUUGACGAUAUACGUCACAUGGAGGAAAUGGAAUUGGAAAGAAAACAACGAGAACAGGAGGAAAAAGAGGAGCAAGAGCGCCAGCAGAAAAUCAAAGACACUUUCAAAGAUCCGCAAGCUCAAUGGGCCAAGGACGGCGCUGCGGUCAAGAGCCUCGAGGAAAAGGAGAAGCAA